AUGACAAGUGAAGAAUCUUACCAACUGCUCAAAAUGCGCCGUGACACACUCCUUUACCUCAUGGCAGUCCAGCCCAAAGUUGCAACCCCACCAUCCUGCAAAUACAACUGCUAUGUAGAGGUCACUACCAAGAAUGAGAUGAACAUCGAUGAAGAGUGCAUUAUCAAGGUCACACUGAAGAUGGGUGCUAAGAAAAUCACUAACUUGGCAGGUGCCGUCCUGAUGGAAGAUGAUUUUGCUGAUACUUCAGCACCCACAUGGGCUCCUCACUAUGGCCAAUGUGUAGCCUGUGAUGUCAUCUGCCAUCAGGGCUACAAUAAGAACAAUGGCCAGAUGUUAAAGGUUUGCGGACUCUGCAGCCACCUCAAGAUUCAGUGCGGUGGCAAAGGCUCUAGUGCUCUGCCUGCCAAAGGCAAGUCUGUUGCUGCCUGCCGGGCCCAUUCCCAGUCCUGGUGCCAUCCUUCGCUGAUGCCAGUCAUAGAAGACCCUGCCCCUGACACUGGUCCAUUGGUUGAGGAAGAGCCAGCACAUCCUGCGACACCAGCGGUUCCUAAUCCUGAGCCAUCUCAAAUGGAGAAUCCUGAGGCCACUGGCUCAUCAUCAUCCAUCCUCCUGCCAUCCUGUGUCACCCAUCAAGAGGAGAUUCAAGCUCUCAAGACUGAAGUCACCUCCUUUUGUGCGACCAUUGAAGCACUGCUGUCUCAGGUGCUGGCAGCGACUCCAACAGAUCUUACCACAAAUGAGUCUGAUAAAUUGGCUGCUGGUCCAGCCAAUGACAUGAAGGAAUCAGUGUGCUUGCUGGUUGCUCUAAAGACUCCUGAGCCUGAGCCUGAGGAAUCCCAGGCUUGUGUGGCGGGAAUCGAUUGGGCCAACUCUAUCGAUCUGGCAUGCAUCAGCCCACCCCUGAUACCAGAAUACACUGCUGUGGCCCACCAGUAUGCAGGGUAUCAUCUGUAUGAGCCCAUGCAUAUGAAGGGAUUCAGUGGGCCCACUUGCUAG